UGGCAGGAGUUAUAACUGGCCGGGACAGCCCCACCUCCUUUCUGCUUUCUCUCCCUUCCCUUCCCUUUCUUUUCCCCCUUUUUUUACUCCCCUCUCUGCUCCUUUCUGGCCACCCCUUCGCACCCCCCGCCCCACCUCGCCGCCGGACCCCCAUGCCGGCAGCACCAAACUCUGCCGGCUGCCGCCUUGGGCUCGCUCCGCCAGCAUGGGGCCCGCUGAGGAGCUGGUCCGGAUCGCCAAGAAACUGGAUAAGAUGGUGGCCAGGAAGAGCAUGGAAGGGGCGCUGGAUCUGCUCAAGUCCCUCACCGGCUACACCAUGACCAUCCAGCUGCUCCAGACCACACGGAUCGGGGUGGCUGUCAACUCAGUGCGGAAACACUGCUCGGACGAAGAGGUGGUGGCUUCAGCCAAAAUCCUCAUCAAGAACUGGAAGCGGCUGCUGGAGUCCUCCACCGCCCCGAAGAGGGAGAAAGAUGUGGAUGGGAAGAAGGAGAAGGACACAGAUGGGGAGAAGGAGAAGAAGGAGAAGGGGAUGGUUUUUCCCAGCUGCGCCAACGAAGGGGCGAAGCACCCCAAGAGCCUGGCUGAGAAGCACAGGGAGAAGCACAAGGAGAGGAAGCCCAGCAAGUCUGGCUCUUGUGCCACCAUCCCCCGGAGCCACCCUACUGAUUCCAACCCAGAAAGAGAGUCCAGUGACGGCUGGAGUCCCACUGCAUCCUCGAAGAAGUCACCUCUGGACAGCAAGAAAGAGAGGAGAGACUCUGCUGACUCGAGGUCCUCCACCACCUCGGCCAUCUCCUCCGCCUCCUCCCCGCAGAAGAGACUGCCAGGAGAGAGGAAAGUCUCUGUGGGCACCAGCCCCUCACCAGCUCCCACCGGCUCCUGGAGAAACUCCAGCGACAGCAAGGAGGAAAGAGCCAACAGCAGCAAGGCCAAACCGGAGACACCGCGGACCCCCACCAGCCCCACCUUCUCGCCCAGCCCCUGCCUCCUGGCCCCCUGCUACCUCACAGGGGAUUCAGUGCGGGACAAGUGCAUCGAGAUGCUGACGGCCGCUCUCCGCAUGGAUGACGACUACAAGGAGUUUGGUGUCAACUGCGAGAAGAUGGCAUCGGAGAUCGAAGACCAUAUCUUCCAGGAGCUGAAGAGCACAGACAUGAAGUAUCGCAACCGGGUGCGGAGCAGGAUUAGCAACCUGAAGGACCCCAAAAAUCCCAGCCUGCGAAGGAACGUGCUGUGCGGGGCCAUCCAGCCCAGCCUCAUCGCUCGCAUGACCGCCGAGGAGAUGGCCAGCGAUGAGCUGAAGGAGCUGAGGAACGCCAUGACCCAGGAGGCCAUCCGUGAGCACCAGAUGGCCAAGACGGGUGGCACCGUCACCGACCUCUUCCAGUGCGGCAAGUGCAAGAAGAAGAACUGCACCUACAACCAGGUGCAGACACGCAGCGCUGAUGAGCCCAUGACAACAUUCGUGCUGUGCAACGAAUGCGGGAACCGCUGGAAGUUCUGCUGACGGCGCCCGGCGAUGGGGCUGGAGGGAGCGUGGUGCUAGACGGGAUGCUGUGAUGGCCACAUCGGGCAGCCAGGGUGGGGAGGGAGGAUGAUGGUGGGCACCGGUCCCUACACCCUGGCUUCUUGUGCUGGGCUCACCUAAAUGUCCCGGGGAGCCGGGCUCUGGCAACAGGCAGGUUUGCUUGAGAAAACCCUGGUGAAUUCAGGAGAUUCCCCCCUGUAAAUACCUGCCCUUUGCUUGGGGUGGGCUGGUAGCCACUGGGGGACACAUCCCUGAAAAGUGAGACUGGUCUGACCUGGGCAGCUUGUCCUUCCCUGGGUGAAACCUGGGCUUGAAUGAUUUGGGGGCAGGAGAGACAUUGCCCUGUGGACAUGGGGCUGGACCACUGUCCUGGGGCUGGGGCUGGGAGAGUGCCAGGUUUUAACCCAAACACCUUCCUCACCAAAGCAAACGCAGUGGGAGGACACGGAGGGAGGCAGGGUGGUUGCAGGAUGCCCAGAUGCCGGUGCUCUGCUCUGUGACACAUGGACCAUCCAUCCUGGCUUGAGCACAUUGUGUUCCCAGUAAAGAAGGGAUGGGGGGAAGAGGAGCGGGGAAAAGACCCUCCAGCUACAGCAAUAAAGGUGUGAACUGUC